GUCAACAGUUAUUUUAUUAGAAGUAAUUUUGUAUUAUAUUAUUUUAGCUGUAGUUAGCUUGUUUCUAAUUUUGUAUUUAUACUUUCAAUAUUCUUAUACUUACUGGAGCAGACAAAAAGUGCCAUAUUUGACUCCAAAAUUCCCAUUAGAGUGACCAACAUCAAAGGACACAACCACUAUAAAAAUGGCGGCCACCAUGCAGUGGUCAUUGUUGGGUAUCGUGGCCAUAUGCAUUAGCAGUCCAGGUAAUAAUGACUGUAUCGGUUUUGAACAAUUCUCCUUUGGACUAGAAACUGUUGCUUGGUACAAUGAAUUUAAGAAGCGGGGCUACAAAAUUGGAGGAAUUUGGAGUUGGGCUACUCCAGCCCUAAUCUUAAUAGAUACUGAUAUUAUAAAAGAUGUAUUACUUAAGGAUUUCAACUUUUUUGUUGACAGGGAUUUUUUUCAUAAUCCUAAAUAUGAUCCAAAAAAUGAAAGUAUUUUUGUAGCCGAGAAGGAAGAAUGGAAAAACUUAAGACAAAAGCUGACUCCAGUUUUCACUUCAGCCAAAAUGAAAAUGAUGUUUAAAACUGUCGUUAAAUGUUCGGACCAAAUGCUAGAAGUAAUGAAUAAUGCUUUUAUAAAAGGAGAUGAUAUAGAAGUAAAAGAAAUAGCUGCCCUCUUUACCACAGAUGUCAUUGGAUGUAUAGCUUUUGGACUAGAGUUUGAAAGUUUUAAAGAUCCGGAUACCAAAUUUAGAAAAAUUGGUAAAGAAAUAUUCCGUCCAACUAUUAUGAGCCGUAUAACUUUACUUCUAUCAAGAAUAUGUCCAAAGUUUGCUCAAUCCAUUGGCCUUUCAAAUAUUCCACGGGUAGUUACUGAAUUUUUUACACAAGUAGUCACAGACAAUGUGAAGUAUCGUAAAGAUAAUAAUGUGAGUAAACCUGAUAUCACUCAAUUAUUAAUGGACCUUCAUGAAGCUACUAAGGAUCAGAAAGAUGGGUUUACAUUCGAUGAUCUCAUUGGAAAUAUUAUAGUAUUUUUUAUUGCUGGAUUUGAUACAUCUUCAACUACUAUUCAUUUUGCUUUAUAUGAACUAGCACAAAAUAAGGAAAUUCAAGACAGAGCAAGAAAAGAAAUUCAGACAGUUCUAGCAAAAUAUAAUGGUGAACUUAAUUAUGAAAGUUUUCAGGAAAUGAUUUUUUUAAGACAAGUCAUUGAUGAAACCUUAAGAAAAUAUCCAGUUGUACAAACUUUCGCGAGGAUAGCCACCGAUAACUACACCUUUAAAAACACAAAUUAUACUAUUGCGAAGGGUAUGACUGUUCUUAUUCCAGUUUUCGCAUUAGCAAGAGAUCCAGAUCAUUUCCCGGAGCCUCAAAAGUUUGAUCCAGACAGAUUUAGUCCCGAAAAUAAAGCGUCCAUUAUUACGUUUGCAUAUUUGCCGUUUGGGGAGGGCCCCAGAAAUUGCAUAGGGAAACGGUUUGGCAUAAUGCAAUCUGCAAUAGGUGUUAUCCAAAUUUUGAAAAACUACAAAGUAUCGAUCAGCCCAAAGACAAAAAUGCCUUUGACACUUAAACACGGAAUCUUCUUAAUGCAGACUAAUGAAACAUUAUAUCUAAAAUUACAAAAAUGCUAAAUAUAUAACCAAAAUAAAUAUUUUAUUAUCUAUAAAAUAUAUAAGAAAAUAAAUCUAGAUUUAAAUAA